UCCUCGGGAGCGCGCCCCCCCUGGCCGAGGAAGGUGAGCGAGUGUCUGGAGGGGAGGACUCGGGAGCGCGACCAGCCGAGGGAUCGAUCGGAUUAAACUCGAUUUGAGUGAAAUUAACACAAAGGAGAGAAGAGCAACGCACACUAGUCGGCGAGGUCGCGGAUGCGAGACACGCCGGAGAAAUAUUUGAUGAUAAACAAACUUGAACUUUUUUUUCUUCUGGUUAUUUAUAUUUCAAACGAAAAAAGGACCACGGUGGAUUUUUUUUUUUCAAGCAAGCGGAGAUACUAACCCCACUAACGAGGAGUUGAUUUGAUAAAAAGCCCGAAGUGACCGAGCUUGUUGGGAACCUUAAUGAGGACCAUGAAGUAGCAAGCUUCAAAUUAGCAGCUAGCUGAUUAGCUCCUCACUGCACAACACACCUCCCUCCCAGCCAGUCCCCUCCAUCUGCGGGCCCCCCACUCAGCCAUGGCGGACCCCGGGAUGUUGAGUUUAUUCGGGGAUGAUGCAGGGCUCUUCUCAGAUGGAUUAGAUGGUUUAGGAGACUGCUUUCCUCAGCAGCCUACCCCUGGCCAGUCCAACCCUCUAGCCCAGCAGACUAAUCCCUCUUUGAACCACGAGCACCAGGGAAACAGGGGUUACCACCAGGGGAUGAUCCACGGCGCUGGGCCCGGCCCAGGGCAGCCUAAAUUGGGGCAGAUGUACGACCACGGCCCAUACACGGGCUACGACCAGCCUGGUGCCCCCACAGGACGAAUGAUAGCCCAGAACGGUCCCAGCCAGGGGCCACCAAACGUGAAUACGGCCAUGAACGGCAUGGCUUCCCACUACCAUAACACCCCAGCUAACUCUAGCAACCCCCACCAUGGGUACCCGGGUGAUGCUGGGGGAGCAGGAGGUGGGGGUGGAGUUUGGGCCCAGCAACAGCAGCAGCAGAACAGAUCCGCUUAUCAGCAGCCUCCAACACAACCAGGAGGCGGCCCCAACCAGAUGGGGGGCUACCAGAUGUCUCAAGGCAACUACGGUGGGAUGCAAGGCCCACCGACACCCAGUGCAGCUCGCAUAAACCAACACUACCCUCCGCAGAGCAUGGCGCCCCCUCCUGCUCAGGACCCCUCUCACUACCUGGGACAUGUUGGAAUGGGGGGAGCCCAGAUGAGACACCCCCAACCGCAGCCCCAGCCACAACCCCAGGGCUAUCCCAACAUGGGCCACACACCCAGAUACCCACACUCCCCCUCCCGACAGCCUCCACUCCCCCACCAGCAUCAGCAGGGCAUGGGGGGGUUUGGGGGUGGCCAGUACCCUGGAUAUCAGGCCCAGUAUGGAACCAUGGGACCUGGGAUGGGCCAGGGUGCUAAUGCUAACGUCAAUGCUAACACCAGCCAGGCAAUGGGACCAGGGCAGCUUGGCCAGAGGUUUAACCAGGGAUCAGGCCCAGCAGCUGGGCAACAGGGGCAACGAUACCCCCCUGGACCACCACACCAAGCCCAGCCCCAUCAGGCCCAUUCUGCCCCGAUGCAGCAGCAGGCAGGGCAGCAGGGCCAGCCUAUGCAUCCCCUAAACCACCCCCAGAACCUGCCCCAGGCCCAAAACCAGCCCCAGACCCACCUAGCCCCCCCAGCUCAGGGAUCUUACCCCUCCCCCUCAUCGAUGUCCCCCAUGCGGGUUUUGGGAACCCCGACACCUCCUCCCCAACAAGGCAGACCCCCUAGCGCAGGACUAGCCGGACCCCCGGAGGUUGCAGGGUACACAGGCCUGCAGUCUCCAUCCAACGCUAUGACCCAUCCACAGAGAACUCCCCAAACACCCCUAUCUGCCCCACACCAGCAGCCCCACAACAUGCCCCCCAAUGCAGGGCAGAUGUAUCCCGGCAUGGGGCCGCAGCGCGGUCCACAAAUGGGUCCAAACAGGCCUCAGCUCCAGCAACAGCAAGGGCCUCACGAAGCACCAGGCAGCCAGGGUGGAGACCAGCGUCUUCUCCAGAGCCAGCAGCAGGCCUCUCGAAAUGGGCAGCCCCUGCAGCCCGCUCCCAUGGGCUUCCAGGGUCCGCCCGUCGGCCAGCACGGCAUUCCGGCCCCGAGCCAGGGCUUAGGGCCGCCCUCCCAGAACGCUCCGGCGCAGCACACACACCUGCCCCCCCACCCCCAGCAUCCGCAGAGCACGCCCCCUCCGCCCAACCAGGCCUCCCACCCAUGGGCACCUCCGCCUGCCGCCUCCCACCCGCUCUCCUCACCCCCUCUCACCCCACAGAAAGUGCCUCACGUACAGCAUUCCCCCACCGACCCGUCAGGCGAUGCCUCAAUGAUGGUUCCUGACAGGCCGACAGUCGGCGCUGGUGCCCCCGGCCAGCCCAUCAGCACAGAGCAGCCCAGCGACCAGGAGACCAAGCCAAAAAAGAAGAGGAAGAAGAAAGCAAAAGUAUCGGACAGAGAGCAAGAAGAGGGUGGGAAGAAGGCCGGAGGAGAGGACGACAAGUCCGAAUUUCCCGGGACAGGAAGUGACACGGGCGAACAGGUUACUGGCACAGGAAUUGUAGAGGGAAGUUCGCCGCCGGCGGAGAAGAAGAAGCGGAAAAAGAAACCAAAGGAGAAGGCAGAGGGCAAGGAGCCCAAAGAGCCCAAGACCCCGAAGACACCCAAAACACCCAAGACCCCCAAAGAGCCCAAGGAGAAGAAAACAAAGAGCUCCACGCCCAAGACCAAGACCCCCAAGAAAACCAGCAGUAAGAAGGUGGAGGCAGAGGGCGGGGCUAGUGCUGCUAAGAAGGAUUCCAAGAGGAAGAGGGAGUCGUCAGUCAGCGACGACGUGGAGGUGAAGUCUCCACCCCCCUCCCCUCCUGAAGAUGACGACGACGAUGGUGUGCAGAAGCGUCGCUCCAGCCGUCAAGUGAAGAGGAAGAGGUACACCGAGGAUCUGGAGUUUAAGAUCUCAGAGGACGAUGACAGCGGCGACGACUCGCCAGCACCCAAGUCCCCGUCGUCAUCAUCACAUCAACAGGAUGUAGUCGAGGCCGAGGGGCCCGUCGUGGAGAAGAUCAUGGGCCUGCGCACUGGCAAGAAACAGCUGGAGUCGGGGGAUGAAGUGGAGGUGGAGGAGUUCUAUGUCAAGUUCAAGGGCUUUUCGUACCUCCACUGUCGCUGGGCAGAUCUGGAGGAGCUGGAGAAAGACAAGAGAAUCCACCAGAAGGUCAAGCGGUUCAAGGCCAAGCAACAGCUCAACAGCUUCAUAACUGAGAUGGAUGAUGAGCCUUUUAACCCGGACUAUGUUGAGGUGGACCGCGUCCUGGAUGUUUCAGAGAGCACAGAUGAAAACGGAGAGACGGUGACCUUAUAUCUGGUGAAAUGGUGCAGCCUGCCUUACGAAGACUCCACCUGGGAGCUGAAGGCCGACAUCGACCAGUCCAAGAUUGAGGAAUAUGAACGCAUCACAGCACGCACACCCAACACUAAGAGAGUGGAUCGGCCUCCUGCAGCCGACUGGAAAAAGCUGGAGGGCUCCAGGGAAUACAGGAACGGCAACGCACUCAGGGAAUACCAGCUGGAAGGCCUCAACUGGCUAACCUUCAACUGGUACAACUCACGUAACUGUAUCUUGGCUGACGAGAUGGGUCUCGGAAAGACCAUCCAGUCCAUCACAUUCCUCUAUGAGAUUUACAUGAAGGGCAUUGAGGGGCCAUUCCUGGUCAUCGCUCCGCUCUCCACCAUCCCCAACUGGGAGAGGGAGUUCAGGACCUGGACCGAGCUCAACGUGGUGGUCUACCACGGCAGCCAGGCCAGCCGCAAGACCAUCCAGGCCUACGAGAUGUACUACAGAGAUGCACAGGGUAAGGUAAUAAAGGGAGCGUAUCGGUUCCACGCGUUGAUCACAACCUUUGAGAUGAUUCUGACUGACUGUCCGGAGCUUCGCAGUGUGCCGUGGCGCUGCGUGGUGAUCGACGAGGCCCACCGCCUCAAAAACCGAAACUGCAAACUACUGGAAGGACUCAAAAUGAUGGACAUGGAGCACAAAGUUCUGUUGACAGGAACUCCGCUCCAGAACACUGUGGAGGAGCUCUUUAGCUUACUCAACUUCCUGGAGCCCGAGCGGUUCCCGUCUGAGCCGACGUUCAUGACUGAAUUUGGAGACCUUAAGACUGAAGAACAGGUUCAAAAACUGCAGGGCAUUCUGAAGCCCAUGAUGCUGAGAAGACUGAAGGAGGAUGUGGAGAAGAACCUGGCCCCUAAAGAGGAGACCAUCAUUGAGGUGGAGCUGACCAACAUCCAGAAGAAAUAUUAUCGGGCCAUUCUGGAGAAGAAUUUCUCCUUCCUGUCCAAAGGAGGUGCAGGAGGAGGAGGAGGCGGAGGCGGCGGUGGAGGAUCCAGUGUCCCCAACCUCCUGAACACAAUGAUGGAGCUGCGGAAAUGCUGCAACCACCCCUACCUCAUCAAUGGAGCGGAAGAGAAAAUUGCCGAGGAGUUCAGGGACUCCCACGGGACGGACAUACCGGACAUGGCGCUCCAAGCCAUGAUCCAGGCCGCUGGCAAGCUGGUGCUCAUCGACAAGCUGCUGCCCAAACUGAAGGCUGGCGGACAUAGAGUCCUGGUGUUCAGUCAGAUGGUCCGCUGUCUGGACAUCCUGGAGGACUACCUCAUCCAGAAACGAUAUCCCUACGAACGCAUCGAUGGCAGAGUUCGCGGUAACCUGCGUCAGGCAGCCAUCGACCGCUUCUCCAGACCUGACUCGGACCGCUUUGUCUUCCUGCUGUGCACAAGAGCCGGAGGACUCGGCAUCAACCUGACUGCGGCAGACACCUGCAUCAUCUUCGACUCCGACUGGAACCCUCAGAACGACCUGCAGGCACAGGCUAGGUGUCAUCGUAUCGGCCAGUCCAAGGCGGUCAAGAUCUACCGCCUGAUCACCAGGAACAGCUACGAGAGGGAGAUGUUCGACAAGGCCAGUCUAAAGCUGGGCCUUGAUAAGGCCGUCCUCCAGAGCAUGAGUGGGCGAGAGAAUGCCAACAGCGGGGUCCAACAGUUGUCCAAGAAGGAGAUUGAGGACCUUCUAAGAAAAGGGGCGUACGGAGCUUUGAUGGACGAGGAAGACGAAGGCUCCAAAUUCUGCGAGGAAGACAUCGACCAGAUCCUCCAGAGGCGAACCCACACCAUCACCAUAGAGUCCGAGGGCAAGGGCUCCACCUUUGCUAAGGCCAGUUUUGUUGCUACAGGAAACCGGACAGACAUUUCUCUGGAGGAUCCGGACUUCUGGCAGAAAUGGGCCAAGAAGGCCGAGUUGGACCUGGACGCCAUCAAUGGACGGAACACGCUGGUGAUCGACACGCCGAGGGUGAGGAAGCAGACGCGGCACUACAGCAGCGUCAAAGAGGACGAGAUGAUGGAGUUCUCCGAGCUGGAGAGCGACGACGACGAGCCGAGCAAACCCUCAUCCAAACCGCGACGGCCCCAGGACAAAGCCCAGGGGUACCCCCGAUCCGAGUGCUUCAGAGUGGAGAAGAACCUGCUAGUCUAUGGUUGGGGUCGAUGGAGCGACAUCCUGGCUCACGGCCGCUUCAAGCGCCCCCUGAAGGAGGCCGACGUGGAGAAGAUCUGCCGAGCCCUCCUGGCCUACUGCCUGCUGCAUUACCGCGGCGACGAGAACAUCAAGAGCUUCAUCUGGGACCUGAUCACACCGAGCGAAGACGGGACCACCAAGACACUGACCAACCACUCAGGUCUCUCCACCCCGGUCCCUCGAGGCAGGAAGGGCAAGAAGGGGAAGCCCCCGGCCCCGCCUCCACAGACCCCACGAGCUGAUUGGCUGGCCAGCUGCAAUCCCGACCACUUACUGCAAGAGGAUAGCUACAAGAGACACCUGAAACAUCACUGUAACAAGGUGUUGCUGAGGGUGAGGAUGCUGUACUACCUGCGACAGGAAGUCAUAGGCGACCAGGCCGAGCGCAUCCUGGAAGGAGCUGACUCGAGCGAGCUGGAUAUCUGGAUUCCUCAGCCGUUCCACGCCGAGGUCCCAGCUGACUGGUGGGACAGCGAGGCCGACAAAGCUCUGCUCAUUGGAGUCUUCAAACACGGCUAUGAGAAGUACAACUCGAUGCGAGCUGACCCCGCCCUGUGUUUCUUGGAGAGGGUGGGCAUGCCGGACGCCAAGGCCAUUGCCGCAGAGCAGAGGGGCUCCGACAUGAUGGCAGAUGGCGUCGAGGGUGAGGACGAGGAUCCAGAGUACAAACCACUGCGGAUGCCUUUUAAAGAUGAACUGGACGACUUUACCAACUCUCCACUGGAUGACAAAGACGACGCUGUGGAAGGUGAAGCUGAAGCUAAAUCAGGUGAAAACGGUCAAAGCAUGCCCGCCGUGGGUGGAGCUUCAGGCUCCAACGAGCGACUGUAUUGGCCAGCAGCCUCAGCUCUGACCGCCCGCCUGCGUCGCCUCAUCACGGCCUACCAGCGCUCCAACCGCAGAGAGCAGCUCCGCCAGGAGGCCCUCAACCGACCCGACGGUCGCAGGAGGAGACGCAGGGACUUCCUGCCUUCAAUCGGCAUGGUUACCGAUACAGGAGGAGGGGCGGCUUACAUCCAAGACGGGGCGGGUGUGUUCAUGGCAGAAGGAAGCCCCUAUCUGGCUAAAGGAAGCGCUUACUUUGCCAAAGGUGGACAGUUCAUGCCAGAGGCGUCGCCGGUGAUGACCGCCAGCUCACUGAUGGCUGACGGAGCGAUGUACUACAAGGAGAGGAGACAAAGGUGGACUCGUCGUGAGGAGGCUGACUUCUACCGCGUAGUGUCCACCUUCGGAGUCGUCUUCGACACCCAGCGACAGAAAUUUGAUUGGGCACAGUUCAGGGCCUUCGCUCGACUGGACAAGAAAACAGACGAGAGCUUGGAGAAAUAUUACUACUCGUUCAUCGCCAUGUGUAAACGAGUGUGCAGGAUGCAGGUCAAGACUGAAACAGAACUCCCAGAUCCAACUCUGAUCAUCGACCCCAUUACGGAGGAGCGUGCCUCCCGCACACUGUACCGCAUCGAGCUGCUCCGCCGCAUCCGAGAGCAGGUCCUCCCCCACCCGCUGCUCUCUGAGCGCCUUAAGCUCUGCCAGCCCUCCCCAGACCUCCCAGAGUGGUGGGAGUGUGGCCGCCAUGACCGGGACCUCCUCCUGGGGGCCUCGAAGCACGGCGUAAGCCGGACAGAUUAUCACAUCUUAAACGACCCCACCUUGGCCUUCCUGGAGGCCCACCAGCGUUUCACCAGUCACAGAGGGGCUGGCAUCUGCACGGGAGCCCAGGCAGAGAUCCCCAAAGCUGGGAUGGGAGCAGCGGAAAGCAUCCCUGCGCCCCUCCUCACCACUGCAGAGCUGGCGAGUGCCGCAGCUGCUGCCAAAGUUGCAGCUAAAGAGGAGGGAGAAGGGAAGGAGGUGAAGACGGAGGAAGGCAAGGCAGAGCUGGAGGUGAAAAUGGAAACGGAAGGAGACGCCAACGACAUUCCAUGUACCAAGACUGAAACUCCUGAGGAACAGAAGGAAAAUGAAGGAGAGGACAGUGAAGGGAAGGAUGAAACUGCUGUUUCACCGAAGAAGGAGGUGAAGGAGGAGGAGGAGGCGCAGCCAAAGGUAGAAAAAGAGGAGAAGGAAGAGCAUAAAGAGGAGCACAGCAGAGACGCAGAGAAGACUUCCAAGCCAGCAGAAGACCAAGAUAAAGACUUAACAGAAGAGGACAAGACUACCGUUGACUCUCUUGGGGACCAGAAGGAGAGGACCACUGAGCUCCCAGAACAUCUGGACUCGUCUCAUAAAGCACAACCGGACCACAAGACCGCAGAGGAGGAAGACGGAGAGGAGAGGGAGAACCCAGAGUCUCUGAAAUCUCCAAAGUCAGCCGACACAGAGAAAAGCCCAGAGGAGGAAGACGAGGAGAGGAUGGAUGAAGACGACAAAUCAGAGAAAUCCUCUCAGGCUGAAGCGAGUGCGGCGUCCGAGCAGAAGAACUUUGACGAGGAGAGCAUCGCAUCCGUCAGCACGUCAGCCCAAAACGAAACCAGAGAUGGGUUCUGCCCCGACGACCUGCCCGAAACCUCUGCACUUCAGGCCUUACAGGACCGUGCCUAUGGCUUCUCUUUCUGGCCUAAGGAUCGAGUGAUGAUCAACAGGAUGGAUAACAUCUGCGAGGCCGUCCUAAAGGGCAAGUGGCCCGUGAACAGACGCCACAUCUUUGACUUCCCCAGCAACCUGUUGCCAGGGCAUGGCUCCACGGUAACCACAGCGGCCGUAGCCACGGUGACGGAGAGCUCGCUGCAGAGGCGGAGCCUGGCCGAGCUGACGAUGGCCGGCAUCCACACGCCUUACAGCGGGAGCGAAGACAAAACACUAUCCCCACAGGUUCAUGAGGAUGCUCUGAGCCUGACGGCGCCUCGACAGAGGAGGAGAAGGAGGAGGAAGAUCGAGAUCGAGGCGGAGAGGGCAGCCAAGAGACGUAACCUGAUGGAGAUGGUGGCUCAGCUAAGAGAGAGCCACGCUGCUACAGAGUCCCAGAGUCAGGCCAUAGACCUCACCAAGGGAGUGCAUCAUCACCACAAGGCCUCCACUUCAUUGGCCGGCUUCCCCAGUGCCCUGGUGACAAGCCCCUCGCUCAAAGCCCAGAUGGAGCUGCUGCAGCAAGCCCCGCCCUCCGCACACAGAGCCAAUGGUUCACUGGAGGCCGACCUGCCUAUCAUGAGGAGGAGGCGGGGCCGCAGGAAAAAUGUGGAGGGCCUGGAGCUACUGUUCAUGGGCAACAAGAGAGCAGGAGGGGAUGAUGCUGAGGAGACAAAGGUUUCAGCUGUGGAGGCUGUUCAGGGUGCUGCCCGUGCCCACAGACCGCACACCGUCCCUGAGCAGAGCCCAAGCGCCAGAUCUCUGGCAUCCGGCAGUCUGGAGGACGAUGAGGCAGCAGUUUCCAACAAAGAGCUGGGAGAGUGGCUGAGGCAGCAUCCGACGUACACCAUGGACAUGGCUGGAUUCACACCAAAGAGCGAGGAGUUGCUGCUGUCUCAGUUUUCGAAGCCCAAGCAGAAGCGCCAUCGCUGUCGAAACCCCAACAAGAUUGACAUCAACACGCUGACUGGAGAAGAGCGAGUGCCCGUGGUCAACAGACGCAACGGACGCAAGAUGGGUGGGGCCAUGGCUCCACCAAUGAAAGAGCUUCCCAGAUGGUUGCUGGAGAAUCCAGAGUUUUCUAUCGCCCCUGAUUGGACAGACAUCGUCAAACAGUCGGGUUUCCUCCCAGAAGCCAUGUUUGACCGCCUCCUGACCGGCCCUGUAGUCAGAGAGGAGGGCGUCCGUCGACGGGGACGACGACCCAAAUCAGAGAUCGCCAAGGCGGCAGCCGCCGCUCAGGCAGCCGCUGCAGCUCAGGCUGCCCAGGUGUCACUGGCAACCGCUGCUUCAUCUGCAGGAGGCAUCAACCCUCUGCUGUUGAACAGUCUGUUUGGAGGGAUGGACCUGUCGUCCCUCCAGAGCCUCCAGUCUCUCCAGUUGGCUGCUGGUCUGAUGGCCUUCCCUCCACCCACCGACCCCAAGCAGGCUGCCGCUAGCGCCGCCGCUGCCUCCAUGCUGCCCCUCAUGCUGCCCGGCAUGGGAGGCCUGCCCAACAUGGCCACCCUCCCCAACAUGUUCAGUCUAAGCGGGCUGUUUGGUGGCAACCUGGCAGCAGCUGCCACCGCCACGUCCAACUCUGCGGUUGCCUCCGCCGCAUCAGGGAACACCAACGGAACGAUGGAGGGAGAGGGCGACCAGGCGGGGGCGAAGAGGAAGCGAGAGGGAGAGGAAAAAGAUGAAGGAGAUGAUUAUGAAGAGGGGGGAGACGAGGAGGAGGAGGCGGAGGCUGAUGGGAAUGAGGGAGGAGUGAAGAAGGGGAAGAAGAAGAAGAUGCAGAAAGAGGGCGAGGAGAAAUCAGCUAAUGAUGUCACUGCAGCUCCUCAGAUCCCGGCUGCUGAUUCGCCAGCUGAGACAUCCAUCAACGGUGACGCAGCAGCUCUGUUAGCAGCAGCCGGCAUGUCCGCCAAUUCUCUGGCGUUCAACCCCUUCCUGCUCUCCACCAUGGCCCCCGGCCUCCUCUACCCCUCCAUGUUCCUACCUCCAGGCCUUGCAGGGCUCAGCCUGCCUGGCUUCCCCACCGCCUCCACCCUGGCUGAGCUGCAGAGCGCCAUGGCCGGAGCGCUGGGCGGCAACGUCGUGACCACAAACCCCCCAAGAGAAGCGGAGGAGGGGAAGAAGGCGGGGCCGAAAGCUACAGAAGGGGAGGAGGAUGACGAUGACGAGGAGGAGGAGGAGGAGGAAGGAGAGAGUGACUUGGCCGAGGAGAAGGAGGGCGGAGCGGAGGAGGAGACGAGAGGCGAGGACUCAGCCCUGGAGGACGGAGGGAUGGGAGGCGAGGAGGAGGAGGAGGCGGCAGCGGCGUCUCCGCAGAAGGACAAGAGUGACUGAAUAAAAACACAACAGCGACUGGCCUUGGACAUUUCCUCACCCCUGACCUCCCCCCUUCCUCCUCCUUCCCCUCACCACGUUUACACGCCUCCACCAGAAAUAUCCAAACUAUUAUGAUCCUGUUUUUUUUUUUUGUUUUUUUUUUCUUUACAUUGUUGUUGAUGAUUUCUCUCUCACUCUUUGUUCAUUUUUUUUUGCCAGGUAUAUUUACUAUGCGUCAGAGAGGACGAGGUGUGUGUGUGUGUUAAGUUAAAUCUCUCUGAUCGAUAGUGUAGUCAGGGAAAAUCCUCACAGCCGAGCUCGGCUCCUCUUCAAAGACUGUUUCUUUCUCUCUGGUCGACCUGUGCGCCCACACCUUUUUCCCACAAUCCCUCAAAUAGGAUUUCACGAGGUUCCAAUAGUACUAUUAUUAUUAUUAUUAUUAUAAUUAUUAUUGCUGCUUUCAGCUCUCAGAUCUUUAUUUUUUAUUUCCGCUUCCUUCUUCCUCUGGACUGUUUUGUUGUUGUUGGUUCUUGGCAGCAUCUCAUGUAAAAGAGGAGAGACGUCGCACCGGCGGGCGGCGCUUUUUCUACCAUCAGUUCUCGUUUAAAAAAACAAACAAACAGCAUUACAGCUGGCCCGGCUGUCUGUCUGACAAAAAAGCUGCUGCAAAAAGGAAUUGUGGGUAAUGGAGUUGAUGGAGCUGCUCUGUUUCAGAGCAGAUGUUUUUAAGUUCUCACAUAUCAGAUACCAGGUAGACUCUGCGGAGGAGACGAAACCAGACUGGCCUAAGACGCAGUCUCACACACUGAUGACCACAACACACACAGACAUCCCAACACAUACUUGAUCUUUAGCUGCGCACAUGCACACACACACAUUCAGAAGUCCACCACUACACACCCCUAAACCCCCCCCUCGUCCCUCUUUUGAGUGUAUGUGUGUGCGCUUGUGCGUGCAUGCUGAACCAAUACUGUUAAACCAGUCCCACACUGUUUGAAUGCCAGUCUUGAAUCUUUCCACUGCCACCUCUGAACCCCGUCUCUCGCUCUCUCGUCGAGGCAGCAGGUUUUUGGCUCGGGGGACGGGCUGGGUCUUUUACCAAUCAGGCCUGCUGAUUGGUCCGUUUCACACCACCAAAAACCGGCCGUCCCCGUCUGGAGGUUUCUGUGAAUGGGUUUGGGUCGGUGGUCCACACACAGGGAUGUGUUGUUUCAGGUUUAUUCUUUAAAGGGGGGCACAUGAGAUGGUUGACUUUUCCCGGUCG